AUGAUAGCAUUGAAGAAUGGUAUGGAGAUACCGACCAAAAGCAGACUCAGAUCGCUAUGCCCGUUUAUUGAAAACGGACUGAUAUUAGUAGGUGGACGCUUACAAAACGCAACUGUGUCAAAGGAGCAAAAAAAUCCAAUAGUUCUACCACCUGAUCAUGUAAUCACAAGAUUAAUAUACAAGGACUGCCAUCAUAAAAUGCUGCAUUGUGGUCCGCAGGCGCUCCUAGCAGAAGUCAGAAGAACAUAUUGGCCAACACGAGGCAGAGCCAUUGCACGCUCAGUCGUUCGACAKUGCGUYAUAUGCAAAAGAGCAAGUCCCACGUUUGACCAGCCAAUAAUGGGGUCGCUUCCGAAGCAACGCGUUCAGCAUUCUCGCCCAUUCACAGCUACUGGUGUCGACUUUGCCGGGCCACUGAUCAUCAGAAGUGGAAUUCGUGGAAGGCCGGGCAAAAAGGCAUGGAUCGCAAUAUUUGUAUGCUUCUCGACGAGAGCAGUCCACAUUGAGGCAGUGGAGGAUUUAACUACCAACGYGUUCUUAGCAGMGUUUARAAGAUUUAUAUCCAGAAGAGGAAAGCCAAACAUCGUCUGGAGUGAUAAUGGAACGAAUUUUGUUGGAGCACGCAAAGAGCUGGCUGUAUAUGUUAGUAAGGUGGAUGGUUGUCUAGCAUCAGAAGCAAUAACUUGGAAGUUUAAUCCACCGGCAUCGCCGCAUUUUGGCGGAGUAUGGGAAAGCGCAGUGAAAAGUGCCAAAUUCCACCUCACGAGAGUGGUAAGGGGCAUGUCUUUAACCUWAAGUGAAUUGCAAACAUUAUUAUGCCARAUAGAGGCAUGCAUGAAUUGUCGGCCCCUCACGCCCAUGAGCAGCGACCCCAAUGACUUAGAACCAAUCACUCCUGCGCAUUUCUUAAUAGGAGGCCCGUUGAUGUUCCAUCCAGAGCCAGUGAUUGAAGCGAGGGAGAUUACAGCGUUGAAGAGAUGGAAGCUAGUUCAAGGCUUGCUUCAAAACUUCUGGAACAGGUGGUACGCUGAGUAUAUUCCACAACUAMAAAUACGCCAAAAGUGGACGUCAGGUACGAGAGCACUAGCCGUAAAUGAUGUGGUAAUUGUCAAGGAGGACAACUUAGCACCUACAAGAUGGAAGUUAGCACGUGUUGUGAGGGUUCAUCAUGGUAGGGACGACGUCGUCCGGGUAGCAACG